UGUGGCGCUGGCCGCCUCCCAGCCCCUCCAUUGGCCAACUCCAUAAGACGAGGAACUGGUGGGGCAAUGGGUCUGAACUAGCUCGUCGCGGAGCCGCAGGCCAGCUCAGCGGAGCCGGGGACCCUGCCGGACAGGUUGCGGAGACAGCGCCGCCGGGUUUUUCUCUUCCUUUUUUCUUCUUUCUGCUUAUCCACACACAGCCAUCAGCCUGCGAAGACAUGGCCGCCAGUGCUAGCCCCCUGCACCCAUACUGGCCUCGGCACCUGAAACUGGACAACUAUGUGCCUAACGACUACCCUGCCUGGCACAUCGUAGCUGGCCUCUUCUCUGCCACUGGGGUCGUAGUUGGGACCACAUGGCUGUUGUCAGGACCUAAUGCCAUCGUCCCCCUGGGAAUCUGGCGACGCCUGUCACUGUGCUGGUUUGCAGUGUGUGGGUUCAUUCACAUGGUGAUCGAGGGCUGGUUCAGCCUCUACAGCAAGGAGCUUCUUGGAGACCAAGCCUUCUUGUCCCAGCUCUGGAAAGAGUAUUCCAAGGGAGACAGCCGUUACAUCCUGAAUGACAACUUCAUGAUAUGCAUGGAGACCAUCACGGCUUUCCUGUGGGGACCGCUCAGCAUUUGCGCGGUGAUUGCCUUUCUUCGCCAGCAUCCUGCCCGCUUUAUCCUACAGCUCGUGAUCUCUGCAGGUCAGAUGUACGGGGAUGUGCUUUACUUCCUGACCGAGUACCGUGACGGAUUCAAGCACAGCGAGCUGGGCCACCCCCUCUACUUCUGGUUCUACUUUGUCUUCCUGAAUGCCCUGUGGAUUCUGCUGCCUGGAAUCCUCGUGCUCGAUUCUGUGCAGCAGCUCAUGCACGCCCAGAGCAUGGUGGAUGUCAAAGCCACAAAAAUGAAGAGCAAGCAGAAGUAAUGCGUGAUGGACUGGGCUUCCCCACGGGCUGAUGACGAACUCUCCAUCUGCCAGGGGAGCCUGUUCCUUGCUCCCACAGGUGGGAAUAAAAAAGUGAAUUGAUCUGUCAAGCUCAGGAUGAUGGGCGGGCACCAAAAGGGCCAGCCAUGGGG